UGCGUCCCGCUCACCAAGUCACCACUCACCAGCCUUGCUGCGCGCGUCCUCCCACCCGCCGCCCGUAGCCAUGUCGGUGACGCUGCACACGAACCUGGGCGACAUCAAGUGCGAGGUGUUCUGCGACCAGGUGCCCCGCACGGCGGAGAACUUCCUGGCCCUCUGCGCCAGCGGCUACUACGACGGCACCGUGUUCCACCGAAACAUCAAGGGCUUCAUGAUCCAGGGCGGCGACCCCACCGGCUCCGGCAAGGGCGGCUCCUCCAUCUGGGGCACCAAGUUCGCGGACGAGUUCAGGGAGUCCCUCAAGCACAACGCACGGGGGAUCAUGUCGAUGGCCAACAACGGGCCCAACACCAACGGCAGCCAGUUCUUCAUCACCUACGCCAAGCAGCCGCACCUCAACGGCCACUACACCGUCUUCGCCAAGGUCAUCCACGGCUUCGAGGUCCUCGACCUCAUGGAGAAGGCGCAGACCGGCCCCGGGGACAGGCCGCUCGCCGAGAUCAGGCUCAACCGCGUCACCAUCCACGCCAACCCGCUAGCCCUCUGAACUACUACUGCCUUCCACCUGCUCCUGCAGUCCUGUCCCGUGGCCUUAUUAAUUACUAUUAUUACUCAUGGAAAUCAGGAUGAGGAGAGUAAUUUCGCGAGGACACUUUUGAUUGAUUUUGAAACAUGGAUCUGUAGCUCUCUAAACACUUGUAGUUGUAGAGCUCUAAAAAAAA